AUGCCUGACACCGAGAGAGGUGAAACCAGCGACACGCCGCCACAACCAGCGCCGAGCUCGAUCGUCGAACCGAAGACUCUUGAAGUUCGUGGUUUACCUUGCUUCGACCCCAAGGGAGAACCGACUACUCCUUCCGUUCGAUGGAAACGCUGGAAACGUGCUUUUCAUUUGUAUGUGGCAUCGAAAGGUGGGAUGGAACUGCAAGAAGUUUUCUACACGCUUGCACCAGAAGACGAAGCUCAGAACAACUUCGACAAUUGUGUAGCCAUCCUUGACAAAUAUUUUACGCCAAAAGUGAACGUACCUUUCGAGAGACACGGUUUCCGACAAAUGGCACAACUCCAGAGCGAAACUAUCGAUCAAUUUGUGUGCCGUCUUCGACAAAAAGCUGUCUCGUGUGAGUUUGACAAAGUGGAUGAGGCUAUCCGGGAUCAGUUGAUUGAAAAGUGCAGAGAUCCGGAACUCCGAAAGAAGUUUUUGGAGAAAGCCCAGGACGGAACCCUUACUGUCCUUCAAGAUGUUGCACGAGUUCAUGAGUCUGUCAUCCUUCAAAUGCAGUCAUUGGAGAUUUCGAGUAAAGAUGAUCAAGUGAAUGCAGUGCGACCUUUGCCCUGCCCUGCCCUGAACAAAACAUGUAACAAGUGUGGAUUCACUGGUCAUCUGGCUGUUUGUUGCAAGACAAAGAAUCCUAAACGCCCUCCAAGUGGCCGACAUAAUCCAAAUGUGAAUGGUGCAUAUCAAGUGGAAGAAGGCUCAGAUCAAAGAGAUGCUUAUGCCUUUGCCGUGAAUGACGGAAACAAGACAAGUGGCAUCAUACAUUUGAAAGUGGGAGGUGUAGAGUUAAAGGAUGUACUUAUUGACUCUGGAGCAUCAUGCAACCUUGUGAACAAAGCUACGUGGGAAAGUUUGAAGCAACAAGGAGUGAAGUGCACAUCCCAGAAAUGCAGCAAGAAGCUAUUUGCCUAUGGUCAAACUGAACCAAUUGAAGUACUGGGAACAUUUGAAGCUGAAAUUUACUGUGAAGAUUCUGCAAAAAGCUGUUUGGACGAGUUCACUGUUGUUAAAGGUCCUGGAAAAACUUUGCUUGGAAAAUACACUGCAGAGAAGCUGAAUGUAUUGAGAGUUGGACCUCCGAGUACACCACUGGCAUGUACCAUCACCAGCGAAGGUGAUGCUGGAGAUGUGUUAAAGGACUUUGCUGACAUAUUUCAAGGCGUUGGAAAGCUUAAAGACUUCCAACUCAAGUUGCACAUUAACAAGAAUGUCAAGCCUGUGGCCCAGCCAGUGAGACGAUUACCCUUUGGUCUUAGAGACAAAGUAGACAAGAAAUUGGAUGAGUUGUUGCAAGAAGACAUCAGAGAGGAAGUACCAUGUGGUCCUACAGAGUGGACGUCACCUCUUGUCGUCGUGCCAAAACCAGAUGGUGAUAUCCGUAUUUGUGUUGACAUGAGAAGAGCGAAUGGGGCCAUUGAGAGAGAGAGGCAUCCUAUUCCUACCAUAGAAGAAUUUCUCCAUGACCUUAAUGGUUCAACUGUAUUCAGCAAACUAGAUCUGCGCUGGGGAUUCCACCAGAUUGAGCUCGAUGAAGAGUCCCGUCAAAUUACUACGUUUGUGACACACAGAGGCCUUUACAGAUACAAAAGACUAAUGUUCGGCAUUACGUCAGCCCCAGAAAAGUAUCAGAAGAUUGUGAGUGAUGUUCUGCAAGGUUGUGAAGGUGUUGCAAAUAUUGCAGAUGAUGUGAUCGAAGCUGAGCCUAUCAGACAGCUGACUAGGAAAGACGAGCCAUUUGUAUGGAAAGAAGUUCAGCAACAGUCUUUUGAGAAGCUCAAGUAUCUCUUGACACGAGCAGAAACACUGGCAUACUUCAAGAAUGAUUGCAAAACCCGUAUUGUCGCAGAUGCAGGUCCUACUGGUAUCGGAGCAGUCCUAACACAAUUCCAAGAUGGAGUCUGGAGAGUGAUUUCUUAUGCGUCCAGGAACCUAACCGACGUCGAAAGGCGAUAUUCUCAAACCGAGAAGGAGGCACUUGCCUUAGUGUGGGCCUGCGAAAGAUUUAAUCUGUAUGUUUACGGUCGUGACUUUGAACUUGAGACUGACCAUAAACCUCUGGAAUGUAUUUACAAGAAUACAUCCAAGCCAUCUGCAAGAAUCGAACGAUGGGUGCUCCGCCUGCAAAGCUACAACUUCCAAGUUGUGUAUCGUCCUGGAAAAACCAACAUUGCAGACGCCCUGUCAAGACUUAACUCCCUGGACCAAAAGGACAGAAGUGGAGAGGAAACAGAUGCAGUGAAAAUGAUUGCAGAAGAGAGCACACCUGUGGUGUUAACAGCGAAAGAAGUAGAACGUGCAUCAGAAGAAGACCCUGAACUGACCAGCGUGAGACAUUACAUUCAGAGUGGAGACUGGUCUCAGUGCAAAAUGCCCCAUUUCCUGUGUGUGAAGAAUGAACUGUGUGUGCUUGGAAAACUGGUGUUGCGUGGUACAAGAAUUGUCAUACCCCAGAGCCUGAGAAAACAAGUCUUACAUUUAGCCCAUGAAGGUCAUCAAGGCAUAGUCAAGAUGAAGAGCCGACUCAGAACCAAAGUGUGUUGGCCUAAAAUGGACACUGAUGCUGAGCGAAUCUGUAAAAGCUGUCACGGAUGUUAA